AGAACACAGGGACAUUGAGAACAUCAACAGCAUCGCUCAUUUUCAUACAGUAUUCGAAGAUAAUCUACUAUUGUUGUUGUAUGUAAAAGAUCAAGAUAACUUGCUAAGCAAUAGGAAGGAGAAGGAUUUACAUUUGAUUUUGCAAUUUCUGUCUUUUGGGAUAAAACAGCAGCAGGUUGUGAAGUGGUGAAACAGAGGAGCACAAGGACUCGUACUGUUAAUGUGAAGCUGUCCAGGUGAAGGACUUGGCUUGCGCCAUCCUCCCUCUGCAGGACGCUGAAGGAGCUGGCGGGGUUUGUUCAUGCUGACUGCUGCAGUUGGACAGACAAUAACUCAGUGUGCCACAGAGACUGAAAUCAUCUCAGAAUGGACCAUCAGGACCACAUGAAUUCUGGACAGGUGGGUGACUCUCAGCACUCUCCUGGGAACAACAUAGCAUCUGGUGUAGCCAACAUGACCAUCGGUGAUAGCCAUCAACAAGACAUGAAGAACGGGAGAGCAUCGCAUAUGGGACCGGGUGAUGGGCCAGUGAAAGAUUUAACACCCGGAAGUCUGCCCGAGAGUGGCCGGAGCAGUGCGGCAUCAGUGGAUGGGGAGGGAGAGCGAGAGAACGGGCAAAAGGAGAGCUCUGUCAGCUCAAGAGAGUCUCCAGUGUCUCUACAUCCACUACCGACGACUCUAGCUGAUGAUUUGGGUUCAGGGAUCAUGGGCUUUGACAGCCAGGUGAAGAAGAGUCCCUCAGAAAAGAUGACUGACCAUCAUAGUACCAGUGGCUCUGAGGAGGAGGAGAAAGAAGAACAUGAGAUGGAGAAAUCUGAGAGAAGAUCCGGUUCUCCUAGUGUGGAAGAAGCUCCCAGAAGUGCUAUCAACAUUAAAGAGGAUGAAGAAGAGGACAAAGAAACAGUUAGUGAUGAAGAAGAGGAAGAAACUAGAAUUUCCUUGGUGCCCAGUUCUGUCACCCCAGACUUGACAACCCAGAAAGGUGAAACCAUUGACGAUGAACAAGAAACCCCUUCUCAUCUUCCCAUGACUCCAGAGGAAGCUAAAAAGCGUGGCCUAUCGUUUGACUACACUGAACCUCAGGAUCCCAGUCGUCAAGGUGGUCCUGUGGGCUGGGAAUGCAGCUCUGACAAAACACCACCGGAAAGCAAGAGCCCCGACUCCUGCAGGGCUGAUCCGGGAUCACCUCUUUCUCCCAGUGCUGCUGCCGAACCUACCCAAGAGGAAUCAUCUCUAACAGACUUACAAACAGAUGCUCAGGAGGAAGAAGAGGAAGCAGAGGUACCAGAACCUGAACAAGUAGAGGAGGCAACAACCAUUCCUCCGUCCUUCCAAGAAGUUGCUGCGCCCAAACUACAGCCUAAGGCAGAGGAACAUAGAGAACACGAAGAAGUAAAAGAGAUCAAGCAGGAGAAAUAUUUGGAGACGAGCGAUGAUGAUCAAAUUAAUACAGAGAAGGUAAAGCCUGUUGCCAAACCUGAGCCUGUUGCUGUUCCCCAACCUGUUGCCAAAACCGAACCUGAAGCUAAGGAUGCCGUUAAGCCCAGUGUGACCACAAAAGCACCAAGCAAAGCAGCUCCUAUCAAAGAAUCUCCUGCAGAAAAAACAAAGAAACCCGUCGCUACAGUUGCUGCCACUCCUUCCCCUAAAUCUGCUCCUAAACUUCAGAAAACUCCCUCUAAAGAUGCUGCUCCGGCCAGAAAAGCAAGUGUCCCAUCCAAAGCCAAGGCUGGAGCAGGGGCAACUCCUGAAAAAAAGGCUGGAGAUGCCAAGACAAAGACGGCGGGUGCCAAACCCCAAGGAGUUGGCAUCAAAAUCCCUGCUGCUUCACGGAUGGAGCAGCGAAAGGCAGGACCAGGGUCCAUUGAAAGAGCUGACUCACCUAAAACCCCAGACCGUAGUGGUUGCAGCAGCCCAGCCAGUCGGUCCUCCACCCCUGGACAACAGGUGAAGAAAGUGGCGGUGGUGCGCACCCCUCCCAAAUCACCUGGUUCACUGAGAUCUCGCGCCCCGAUCGCUCCUGUUGCACCCAUGCCUGACCUGAAGAACGUCAAGUCCAAGAUCGGCUCCACCGAGAACAUCAAAUACCAACCUGGAGGCGGGAAGGUUCAGAUAGUGCACAAAAAGAUCGACCUAAGCAACGUCCAAUCAAAGUGUGGCUCCAAGGUCAACAUUCAUCACAAACCGGGAGGUGGAAAUGUGGAGAUCAAAUCUGAGAAGCUGGAUUUCAAAGGCCAGUCAAAAGUUGGAUCUCUGGAGAACAUUGGACAUGUUCCUGGGGGCGGACAGAGGAGGAUUGAGAGCCACAAGCUGAGUUUCCGAGAGCAAGCCAAAGCACGCACCGACCACGGCGCUGAGAUCGUGUACCAGUCCCCCGACAUUUCCAUGGAUGGAUCGCCCCGCCGCCUCAGCAACGUGUCUUCCUCCGGCAGCAUCAACAUGACCGACUCCCCACAACUGUCCACGCUAGCUGAUCAGGUGUCGGCCUCCCUCGCUAAACAAGGCCUGUGAGCUGCCGGCACCAAACCACACAUUGAAAAAAAAAAAAAAAAAAAAUUACAAAUGUAUCUCCUUCAGUCCUUUCAAAAGAGGUGCUUGUCGGAUUUCUCCUAACUAAAGGUUGUCCCAGCGGCUUGUCUGCUUGUGAAAUAAUUUUUGCCUCCUGGCACGGUGAGACAGGUAUUGAUGUUAUUGACUUAGUAUUAACAAAAGAGAGAGAGAAAAAAAAAACGCUUCAAUUUAAAAGGAGCUGGUGGUGUAUUGAUCCAAAUGGUCAUUUACAGCACUGAGUAGCCUGAUUUUUUUUCUUUUAAUACCCCGUUUUUUUUUUAAGAAACAACAAUGACAUUUGCUUUCAAAGCUGUAUUUGCUUCGUUGCCUUAUUGUGAAUGUUUUUAUUUACCAUAACUUGCACUCCUGUUUUGACAUGCAACGGUAGUGAAGGCAAACGUGCUACAUGGUUCGGAAGGGUGCAGUUAAUGAGAGGCUGUGAAUUUGAUAGGACAGGAACAUUUCAAACGCUCCUAGGUAUAACUUACAAUCGGACACAACAGAGGCCCGCUAUAUAGUUAUUUCAAUCAAACGCAUCAGAGCGCUCUAUAGUGCAUGCUUUGGUGUUUAAUAAAAGUUUUUAAAUUCACAAAACACCUCAAUUGUGUGUUCGAUCCAAAUUAAAACAGUAAAGACUUUGAUAAAUCAUAUUUCUGAUGAGUCUAGGAUAAAGUAAUUCUAAUAUCAUAGUUUGGAAAUGUCGGUAUCAGACUUUACCUGUGAAUUGUAUUAAACUGCGCAUCCUCAUUCAUCACCAGAGCAGAUUCUCAAGGCUUAUCUGUCCUCGUAAAUGCACAGGAAGUUGCAUCGCUGAAGGAAAUCUUGCUUGGCCUCUAGCGACUCUUGACAGAGAGGAAAGCAAAUGUCAAUAUAUAAAAAUAAUCACAAAAAUUUAAAUAAACUGUUGUACAGGGCUCAACAAUAAGGAUUUUUGUCUAUCUGGACAGUUGUUUACAUUUUUUUUAUAGCGACAUAUUUUGUCUGUAAAAAUAUACAUUUUAAUUCUAGAUUUUUUUUAAACGUUAAUACAAAUAAUUAGAAACAUAACUCCAUUUUACAUAGACUUUUUUAUAUUUAUAUAUUUUUUUUAAUUAUUUUUAGCAAAAUUGUUUAGGAUGAUCUUUUUACAAUAAUUUAAUGCAAAUUAUUAAAAAUGAAAGUUUUUUUUUUUUUUACACUGCCAAAUAACAAUGUUAACUCCUAACUGAUAAUGUCUAGUAAUUAAGUACAACCAUUGCAUCAUUCUGAUGGCGUUUCCGUUUUCACAACAAAAAUGAUUGCCAUGUUUAAAAAGAUUUAUGAGACCAAAUAUAAGAUGUAGUGACGGCCUCACACAGGCCCCAGAUCACAUUGUCAUCCUUACUGUUGAGCUCUGAAGUAGUUUGCCCUGCACAAGCACCAUCAAACUCAAUAUACAUCACUCGGUACAUCCUCUCAUUGUUUCCUUCUGCUUAUAUCUGUGUGGUAAUGAUGCUUCUGUAUUGAUGGAUUUCAGCUUCUGUGUGUAAAAUGCUGUUCCAAAGCAUGAGUGUAUGAACCACUUCAAAAGAAAUGAGAGGAUUUCAGUUAAAAGCACUCAAUAAAAUAACUGUAACAUCACAUCAGGAAAUCUCAUAUUGAGGACAGACAACAGAAAAGUGCCUCCCGGUGUCCAUCAGCUACAUUUGAGAAGACCGUCUUAUGUUUUAAAGAUUCUCUUUGGUCUAAGAUGGAUCAUUUGGUGUAAAACACGGAGCAGGACAUUUAACACACAGCCAAGCUCCCCUCAGUAUAGAGUCAAACCACAUUCCCAGCAUGCAAUCCACUUCACCCAUGGUUGUGAAUAUUGUAGCCAGUCACCAAACCCAACUGUUUAGAAAACUACCUUUUUACUAGAGCGUUAAACUCAUCUUAAAACACGAAAAGAAAGAAGAAAAAAGUGGAGGAGGAUUGAAGGAACAAUGCUACCUGCUAAGAUCCAGGUUUAUGUUGCACUCUUUUUUUUCUAAUAGUAUUGUGUGGACGAUGUCAAAGAUGUACGAAUGCGUUCAGAAGAUCUGAUUUGGAUCGGACACUAAGCUUUUUGUUUAAUAUCUGCAGUGCAUUGCAGCUUUAGGCUCGUUUGAAAGUGUAUGCACUGAUGUGACAGAAGAGCUGCCUUUACACAAACCGCAUUACUCAUUUAGAUGUAUAUCUUGCAUUCAGAAAUGUGGAAAAAAAUAAUAUAAUAAUAACAAUAUUAAUAGGUAAAAUAGAGGAAUAAUUUGCAUCCAGAAUAUCAGUUUAGGACUUAACUAGUGCCACCUGCAUCUUAACAUGAGCCUGUGAGACGCUUUAGACGGACUGCUGUAAACCCAACACUGUGGCCGUCCUACAGCAUGCUGCUAACAUAAACAUGAAGAACAGUUAUCAGAUCAAAUGUUUGAAAACGGCACUGGAUAAGGCCUUUUAAGUCAUUCCGCCCUUUAUCUGGGUUUCAAAUGAUUCUGUAAUAAUCUGUUAACCGGUUCCGAGGUCUCUCUAUCUCUCUUUCCUCCGUUUCAUUUCCCGCCUCUGCUCUUCUCCUCGCAGUUCUUCAUUCUAGCUUGACAGUUGUGAUUGUCUUUAUCGUAAUGUGUUUUAUUAAAUGGUUUACACUGAUACUCCUUGCUGUAAACGUAAAUUUGGAAAUAAAGUCCUUAUUAAACUGC